UGUGUCGCCGGCUGGUGAAGUCAACAUGGCCAGCGCGGUGUGCGCCAGAUUCCUCCUGCAGAGAUCAACACAGGGCUUUCUGUUCUCUUCCAGGGCAGCUCCCGCUUUCUCAAGCCCAUUUCUGUGUCGUGCACAUCGAUUGGAUCCCAGUGAUGAUGAAAUGUACCAGCGCACCACCGUGUCCGUCAUGAAGAAGGAACCAGGCAGCGGCACCAUUAUCGACAGCUACGGUCCCAGAGGAUUCAUCAUUGAUGGUAACAAGGUGUUCGGGCCCUGCGCUAUGCUGCCUCCUGCUAUCCUCCAGUGGAACGUUGGCAGUCAUAAUGACAUCACAGAAGAGAGCGUCUCACUUUUCCACAUGCUUGAACCGAGAAUAGAGAUUCUUGUGCUGGGGACAGGUGCGCGUGUUGAACGACUUGACCCCUCGGUCCUCGCUCUACUCAAACGUAAAGGCAUUGCUGUGGAGGUGCAGGACACGCCAAAUGCAUGUGCAACCUUCAACUUCCUGACCAGUGAGCGGAGGGUGGUGGCCGCCGGUUUGAUCCCUCCGCCCGUCAGCACAGAGCUGGAUGUGAUCAAGGAAUAAAAAAACUCAGACUGAUUUCUGCAGAUUGAGGUUUAUGAAUGAUCCCAGGCCUGUGGGAUUAUUAUUUUUCUUCUGCACAAAGCUUCCAAAGCAACAAACUCGGUGACGUCCAUCCCUGAAGAAUCACUAUAGAUCUUGGUUACAACUGUUGUUUUUGUGUUAAAAGCAGCCACUGUCACGUCUUGUAUGUAAAUACUGUGUUGUUUGAUUUAAAUAUAUAUAUUUAAAAGCUUUACAUGAAACAAACAACUCGCGUGUCAUGAAUUUAAUGUUUUUUGUGGAAUAUGGAAUAUAUUAAUCAUUUUAUUUUUUUAUAUUAUGUUCCAGCCUUCUGCCUGAGGUGUUGCUGGUGACUGUCCUUCAUUUGGAUAAGCCUCUUUACUUUGUGCGCAGCACAGGACAUCAUUUUGUGGCUUUGUCCUUCUCACACAUAAGCUCCCAUAGAUAAGAGAAUCCACAAAUCCUCUGCACAUGACUGGCAUUCAUCUCUUAAUCAUCUGCCACUGUGCAACAUGCCCAGCACCAGACCCAACAUUAAAUCCAGGUCGUUCACAUGCAGGCUGCAGCA